AUGCUCCAACGCCUCGAUCUGAAGGGCACAGGGGACGAGGCCGAACGCCUAGCAGGCUCGUCAGGGGCGUUGACAGCUGUGCAGCAGCUGCUGCAUGCCAUCGAAGCCAGAGCGAGUGCAAAUGCAGUCCCGUGCAUCAUCGACCCCAGCCUGCCACAGAUUGCAGAGAGACAACGGUUCUUUGUAGCUAGCAACCUUCACAACAAUGAGAAGCUGCUGCCGCACUUCACCCUGCAGCUCCUGAGCCUGCUGCUGCAGCUGCCCAAGGGCAGCACCUAUGUCUCCAUCUAUGAGAGCGGCAGCAGAGACCGCACAGGGGAGUGGCUGGAGUUGCUGCAGAGCCUGCUCCUGCUGCUUGAGGUGCCCAGUAGCAUUGUGACAGGGGGUUUGACGCGCGCGGAGGGGGAGGACCGGAUAGACUUCCUGGCCCAGGUGCGCAACCGCGCGCUGGAGCCGCUCUGGCGCGGCGCCGGCGGCAACGGCAGCGCUGCCGUCUCGGGCGAGGGCUUCCGCGCCGACCGCAUCGUUUUCGUCAACGACGUGUUCUUCUGCGCGCGCGACGUGGUGCGGCUGCUGGCGCAGGAUGGGGACUUGUUGUGCGGUAUGGACUUCCACGUGGACGUGCGCGAGGGGUGGGACCGCCAUUGGCGCAACAUCCCCGCAGCAGAAAUCAUGCCCUACGGACCCCACGGGCCCCAGCUCGGGUACAAGCACCAGAAUCACGACCACCUGAUAUUCUACGACAGUUGGGUGUCGCGAGACCUCUCCGGCAUCCCCUUUGCCAACUCCCGCCCCUUCGUGCUGCACCAGUAUUCGUUGGCGCGGCUGCAGAAGGGGCUGCCUUUUCCGGUGUCCUGCUGCUGGAAUGGCCUCGCCGUCAUGAACAGCGCCCCCUUCCAGCAGGGCUACCAGUUCAGGACGCACAGGCGGGGAGAGUGCGAGGCGUCGGAGGGCAGCCUGAUGUGCGAGGACUUUCUGCGCGCCGGAUACCAGAAGUUCAUCGUUGACCCGGGCGUGCGGCAGGCCUACUUCCCAGAGACCGCUCGCAAGCUCUACACCGACAAGGUGAGCUUCAUCCCGCUGACAACGUGGGACGAGGUGGCGGCCGCGCCGGAGCCGGACUUUGGAUUUGGGCCGCGGCGGUUCCACAUGACAUGCUGCCGCAAGCAGGCCGGGGGCGACAUCGUGCACUGGGAGCAGUGCCGCCCGGGGGAGGUUUUCACGCGCACGCUCGGCUGUGACGCCUGA